GGGGCGGGGGGUGGGUUGAGGGAGCGGGCGGAGGAGGAAGUGUCAUGGCGUCGGGCCGUGGAGCUUCUUCUCGCUGGUUCUUUACUCGGGAACAGCUGGAGAACACACCGAGCCGCCGCUGCGGAGUGGAGGCGGAUAAAGAGCUCUCGUACCGUCAGCAGGCGGCCAACCUCAUCCAGGACAUGGGACAGCGUCUCAAUGUCUCUCAGCUUACAAUAAACACUGCGAUUGUUUAUAUGCACAGGUUUUAUAUGCAUCAUUCUUUCACCAAAUUCAAUAGAAAUAUAAUAUCACCUACCGCAUUAUUUUUGGCUGCAAAAGUGGAAGAACAGGCUCGGAAACUUGAACAUGUUAUCAAAGUAGCACAUGCUUGUCUUCACCCCCUAGAGCCACUGCUGGAUACUAAAUGUGAUGCUUACCUUCAACAGACUCAAGAACUGGUUUUACUUGAAACCAUAAUGCUACAAACCCUAGGUUUUGAGAUCACCAUUGAACACCCACACACAGAUGUGGUGAAAUGUACCCAGUUAGUAAGAGCAAGCAAGGAUUUGGCACAGACAUCCUAUUUCAUGGCUACCAACAGUCUACAUCUUACGACCUUCUGUCUUCAGUACAAACCAACAGUGAUAGCAUGUGUAUGCAUUCAUUUGGCUUGCAAAUGGUCCAACUGGGAGAUUCCUGUGUCAACUGAUGGAAAACAUUGGUGGGAAUAUGUGGAUCCUACAGUUACUCUAGAAUUACUAGAUGAGCUAACACAUGAGUUUCUACAAAUAUUGGAGAAAACGCCUAGUAGGUUGAAGAGGAUUCGAAACUGGAGGGCUAAUCAGGCGGCUAGGAAACCAAAAGUAGAUGGACAAGUAUCAGAAACGCCACUUCUUGGUUCAUCUUUGGUCCAGAAUUCCAUUUUAGUAGAUAGUGUUACUGGUGUGCCUACAAACCCAAGUUUUCAGAAACCAUCUACAUCAGCAUUCCCUGCACCAAUACCUCUAAAUUCAGGAAAUAUUUCUGUUCAAGACAGCCAUACACCUGAUAACUUGUCAUUGCUAACACCGGGAAUGCCAAGUACUUCAUACGGUUUGUCAUCACACCAAGAAUGGCCUCAACAUCAAGAAUCAGCAAGGACAGAACAGAUGUAUUCGCAGAAACAGGAGGCAUCUUUGUCUGGUAGCCAAUACAACAUCAGCUUCCAGCAGGGACCUUCUGUGUCACUACACACAGGAUUGCAUCACAGACCUGACCGAGGUUCCGAUCAUCCUUCUGUUAAGCAAGAAUAUACUCACAAAGUGGGAGGCAGUAAACACCAUGGGCCACUUUCUGCUACUCCUGGAGUAAUUCCUCAGAAAAUGUCUUUAGAUAAAUAUAGAGAAAAGCGUAAGUUAGAAACCCUUGAUCUGGAUGUUCGAGAACAGUAUGUAGCUGCCCAGGUAGAGCAGCACAAACACAUGCAGCCACAGGCAGCUGGCAGCAGUUCUGUGACUUCUCCCAUUAAAAUGAAAAUUCCCAUCGCAAAUGCUGAAAAACCUGAAAAACACUUGGUAGAAAAGAAGGAAAAGAGUGGAUCGCUGAAACUGCGGAUUCCAAUACCACCCACUGAUAAAAGCACCAGUAAAGAAGAACUGAAAAUGAAGAUAAAAGUUUCUUCUUCAGAAAGACACAGCUCUUCCGACGAAGGCAGUGGGAAGAGCAAACAUUCAAGCCCACAUAUCAGCCGAGACCAUAAGGACAAGCACAAGGAGCAUCCCUCAAACCGCCACCACCCCAGCAGUCACAAGCAUUCCCACUCACACACUGGUGGCGGUGGUGGUGGCGGCAAGCACAGUGCUGAAGGAAUGCCUCCUGCUGUUCUGAGGAGUCCUGUUGGCCUGGGCACAGAUGGCAUUUCCUGUAGUUCCAGCUCUUCACGGAAGAAGCUGCAUAUCAAUGAUGCAUCUCACAACCAUCACUCCAAAAUGAGCAAAAGUUCCAAAAGUUCAGGUAGUUCAUCAUGUUCUUCCUCCUCUGUUAAGCAGUAUAUAUCCUCUCACAACUCUGUUUUUAACCAUCCCUUACCCCCUCCUCCCCCUGUCACAUACCAGGUGGGCUACGGACAUCUCAGCACCCUCGUGAAACUGGACAAGAAGCCAGUGGAGACCAACGGUCCUGAUGUCAGUCACGAGUACAGUACAAACAGCCAGCAUAUGGACUACAAAGACACAUUCGACAUGCUGGACUCGCUGUUAAGUGCCCAAGGAAUGAACAUGUAAUCAUUUGUUUAGGUCAAUUUUUUCUUUACUUUUUUAAUUUAAAAGUUGUUAGAAUGGAAAACUUCCUCCUGAUCUCGCAGUGGUGACACCAGCUGUUGCUGCCACUGCUUCAGUAUUUGUAAGUGCUGCUUUAUUCUUCAUUCUGAAAAGAAGAGAUUAUAGUAAACAGGUCUUUAUCUCCACAUGAUAGUGUUAUAAAUACUGUAAAAGCAUGGAAGGUGCAAAACUCAGUAUUGCCACCAUUGCAGCUAAGAACAUUAGAAUGAAUGGCUGGCUACUCCUAGGAAUAUAUAAAAUGCCUCAAGCAUUUGUUAUUUAUGAUUUGAUACUGUAGCUAUUUUUUGUUGUUGCUUGGCUUUUGAAUGAGUGUAAAUUGUUUUCUUUUGUGUAUUUAUACUUGUAUGUAUGAUUUGCAUGUUUCAAUGAUAAAGGGAUAAAACAGUAUACUGGCAACUGUUUACAAGAAAGUGGAGAAAAAUGUACAUACAUUUUUGUAUGUUUAGAUAUUACCAUAAAUACUCAGGAUUGGAGCUGCUUGUAAGUAUAACAAUAUACAGAAUAACUUUAUUUUAUCUUGUCGUAGUCCAUCACUAAUCUAAAACAACCGUGGCACUUUCUCAUGUUAACCUUAAACUCUAGGCCUUACUGGAAGCCACUGAAGGGGGACACUUCACUAGCAAAUGGGUAUGCAGUGCCGCAAACGGUCAUGCACACUGUGAGGCCCUGAACUUUUGCCUUCAGAGGUUCUGACCAGGUCGGCUGCUGAAAUAGCCCCUGAUUUUCUGAAGGCUUGAAGAGGAAAAAAUAAAGUUUACAUACUCUUGAUGUGAAGUGCAUUUAAAUGUUUCUUGGCUUGUUGCAGUACUAUAAACAGAGCUGUUAAUCAUUGUUAUGUAGCUGUGAUUUGAAAACUAAAUUCACAAAAACUUACAUAAUGAAGAAUUAGUAAGUUUUUCCUCAAACAACUUUAACACUACAUAUUUCAACAGUAAACAGGGAUCCUUUUUCCUUUAGCAUUCGAAAUAACACCAUAUUCUUAAACAUACUGAAGUUUAAUAUUGUUAAACUCCCAUGUGUGUGUGUGUGUGACGCCGUAUUUCUUUUUCAGGUAAAAGCAGUCUUCCUUAUAAAAAUGAAACCUAUUGCGCUCUCAGUUAUUUUAUAUGCUAACAAUAAAUAAAAAGAAAAGAUCACUGACUGUGCAUUGUACCUGUAUUUAUAGCUUAUGGUUAUUAUCAGGAAGCUGUGUGAGAAGAAAGAUCAGCCUCCAGGUAAACAGCUAGUGGAGGCCUUACAUUUGUUUGCACAUCUCCGUAUAUUACUGUUGAGAUUAAGUUUGCACAGUCAUCUGACUUCUGAACAGACAGUAGACUUUAAUUUCUUUAAAAUUUAUCUUACACGUCAGUAAUAUGGCUCUGGUAUAUCAGCUAAUCUUCAGUUUAUCCUGUGGUAAAUCUUUGAGCUGUUAGGUAUCUUUAAGAUGGGUCAAGAUGAAUUCAGCUUCUCUUGAACUGAAAAUUCUUAAAUUUUUCCUCUAUGUAUAUGAAUUAUUUUUGUUACAAAGCCACUGACGUGCACAAUUGUAAUUUUACUCGUGUGUUGCAGUUGUAAAUAGUAGUUUAAUCUUGUGCUCUACUUUUAUUUAGCAAUUACCUAAUUUGCCAGUAGCUUUAUAAUUAUUUUUAAGAUCGUUGUUCAUUAUUUUUCUCAAUGUUAUUUGAACUUAGGAUACUAGAAGCCUCUUUUUAGGGACUAUGCCUAGAUAGCAUGUCCUAACAUUUGUUUUUGUCUUACAUAACUUUAGUAAUCUCUGUCAGUACAUGUAACUUUGUUGCUCUGUAUGGCAUAUUAUUGUAUCCAUAAACAUGGUAAUUUUGAUUCAAUUAUACUUUUACAGUGGUACAUAAUAAUCCAAGGACUUAGUAUAGAAUUAAACUGAGUGCAAGAUGAGGGCGGGUAGGGUUUUUGUUCUUGGUGAUUUAGAUAUGAAACCUCUAAAGAGCUAUCGUGAAAUGACAUAGAGUGGUUGUGCUACUGUAUAAUUGGGAGUGAUAAUACCAGGAAUUUUAAUAAGAUUUUGUAAAGAAUAUCCAGAAAAGUAGUGAACCUUAUUUUCAGUAUGACAUAGGGAACAAUGUGAAUAUUUAAGGUCUGUGACUAUACUUAAACUUCACUAAGAAUUUGCAGAAUUGUUUUGAGAUGUGAGAAUAAAAGUAAUUUUGUUGAAUCUUUAUUGGUGCUAAUGAUGGACAGUUUAAAAAGGUAGUUAGUAUAUAUUGUUAUGGAUCAGUACUUAUUAGUACUUCCAAAAUUGAAUUUGAAAUGCUAUGUAUUCACUUUUCACUCUGUAUAAAUGUAAUUCUUUACAAUGAUUUUAUUUAUUAAAGGGCAGCCAGUUGUAAUUUUUACAGGAUUGUGUGAGCUAUUCAAACUAUAACCUCUGAACAGGAUAUUAGCUUCCAAAACCACAGUAGAGAUGUAUAUAUGGAAAUCCUUUUUAAGUUUCAUUUCCAUUAAAUGAAAACCCUUAUAAUUCAUACACCAUGAAUUUGCUUUAACCAUCUCAUUUGCAUAAAGUCAUUCAUCAGCCUGGUCCCAAUAGGCUCAACCAAAGAAAAAGACUCCAAUGAAUGGACAUUAUUACUGAGUCUUGUGAGUAGCCAUAAAUAAACCAAAAUAGUAUCAAAUUUAGGUAUGAAAUUCCACAUGUGCAACGUACUGUUAAGGUGAUACAUUUUUGAUGAGAUUUUUUUUUAAUAUCUGAAAUAUUAAAAAGCAUUAUCUUCAAACAUCCUAUAAGAGAGUGAUUCAUUUUUUAGUUGUGUUUUCCCUAGAUUGUAGAUUUGUUACCUUUAUGCACAUUGGAUAGAAAGGCUUUAUUUCUACCUCUUUAAGCUAAUUUUCCAGUACUGAGCUGUGCCCCUAAAUAUUUGCCUUAGCUGCUUUAAAAUAACAAUAUUUUCAGAGCCAAAGCAAAGUGUUUUCUCACAGAAACAUUCUUGGAGGCCUACUUAACAAAACUGGUGGUAGUACCUUCACUGUUAAAUAAGCCUUGCAAAAUGUCCUAGUUCCUUUUUCUUGUUUAGCCUGAAGUUCAUUUCUUGCAGGUAUUUAAAUACUGAAGUCAUGUAAAUACCCCUAGGUUUAUCUUUGAAAGCAGUUAAAGGUGCAUCUCCAUCUUCCUCUGUGUAUGCAGGUUCGUUCUGGUUAAGAGUUCCUCAGAGUCUAAGAAAAUCACUGCCAUGAUACACUGUUUCAUGGGGGAUGUCAUGAGGGUGCUUACAUUACUUUGUACCAACAGAUUAUAAUUAUGUAAGAUAACCUUACUCCUUUGGUCUAUCCUCUUUGAGCUAAAGAAAUGACUACUUCAGAGAACCAAAUUUAAAAUGGUUUUUGUUAGUUACCAAAUGCCAUGCCUUAAAAGCAUUUAAACACUUUGUAACAUUUGAGAUUUAAAAUUGCUGUUUUUUGUUCCUUAACCCACCUUAGAAGUAAACUACUUCCAUAUGCAUGACUGUUAUAUACUCUUUUGGCUGAUUAGAUGUUUUAGAGUUUUGCAUCUACUAUGGAAAUAAGGAUUUCUUUUAAAAUAGUAUCUCUAAAGGAAGAUGAUUCUAUUCUCAAGAUAUCUCAUCAUUCCCAAAUUUAUCUGACCAAAAGGCAAUUAUGUCUUACCUACUGUGCUUAUAUUGCUAUGUGAUUUUUCAGAUGUCUUUGCUGAGAAAAAUUUGAGAGCUCUUGUCAUGAAGAAUUCUUGAUUCAGCAGUCUCAUUCAAGAGGCUUUCUUAGGAGCAGUAGGAUUCACUAACUGUACUUACCCAGCUGAAGGAUCAACAAAUCCCACACGCAGGGAAAAUUUGCUUAAACUGAGCUCACAGGAUGAUAACUUGGUAAUCUCACGUGCACAUUUGUUUGUGAGAGGCUGAUUUGAGACAGGGAUGUUUGCUUUGGAAAAACAUUCUCUCUUUUUCCUCCUAGAGUGCCAGGUUAUAAUAUCAAUGUGUUAAUUUGAGAAUUCACAACCAUGUUAAUACCUGAAAUUUGACCUCUGUAAGCUAAAUCAGAAAUAUGCUUGUUUUGUAAAAAUUUGCUCCUGAGACUGUCUUUUUCAAUAGAGAUGAUAUGCCAGUGGAUCUGGAAUGCUUGAAGUGUUUUGGGUUUGAUACCAUGCAUCCAUUUUUUAUUCCAUAAAUGUCGAUUUGGGCCCAGCCAGGUUUCACUUCUGUGACACCUCUUUUCUGUUCUAUAUAAUUUACCAGGCAGUCUCUGUUCUGCCUGACAGGUUCUUUAGAUAGAUUGAUAAGCAGAAUACAUUGAAGAAGUAAUUCUGUUCUCAUGAAGGUGACUUAACCAGUUUGCUGCAGUCCAUUAAUCUUAAAAGUAAGUUCCAAGGGCUAAUUUCCUUUAUUUCCAAGUUUUGGGAGAAAGCCUCACUUGAAACCUGUUCAGUAGUUGAUUUGAUUUGAUUUGCCUGUAUUGUUUGUUAAGUAACGAGUACAUUAUUUUCAGAGAGUUUUUCAAGCAGCUUUGCUUAGUUUGAAACACUUGACAUGUACUCAUUUGUUGUCAGCAGUAAUUGGGAUUUCAUUUUCUAAAGGUACUCAAAAUACUAUUGAAUAGGAUGUUUGCUGAUAGAAAAUCGAAAACAGGAUAUACAUGUAUGGCAUGAAUUCAGUUAGUCAUUGAAUUUCAGCUUAGUAUCUAUUACAAGGAAUUAUUAAUAAAAUGUGUUCAUUGACAACAUAAA